AUGGAAUUCCUGAGAAGGGGCGACAUUCUCAAGAAUGCCCCGGGCGCCGCUUCGCCACGUUACACCACCGCUUUGGAUAUUAAACCUCUGGUUUCUUUCAGCUUCGCCAUGGGUCCACCGAUGUCAGCGAGACUGUCUCACUCAGAGCCAUCGGCAAAUACGAUAGAGACCGUUCACAUCGUGAGACCUCUGAAAGUGUUCGCCUUCAUUUGCGGACUUAUCGUGACGCUUCUGAUGCUGCUCAGUAUCCUGUCUUCAUCAUGGCUCGUCGCUCAGAAGUAUAGGCAAGGCCUCUGGGAACAAUGUAUUGAAGAAGGGGCUCUCGAGCCGCUGCCUUUCGGUCUUGAGGUUGGUCCGGGCUGCUACGCCGCGCGAAACGUGACGUAUGUCCAGGCCGCAGCGGCGUUGUGCGUGAUCACCCUUCUGUGUGACAUCGCUGCCACCCUCAUGACAGGUUUCGGACUCUGUUCCCGGAACCCUGUGCGUAAAUAUAUGCUGUAUCGACUGGCUUUCUACGUGAUGGUUUGCGCUUUGCUCUGCAUCCUGAUCGCCCUGGUCGUGUACCCAGCUUGCUUCGCGGCUGAAAUCGAGGACUCCAAUCGACAAGUUUGGGAAUUCGGUUGGGCCUAUGGCGUUGGGUGGGGAGCUGCCAUCUUCUUAUUUGGUGGAAUCUUGCUCCUACUUUGUGAUAAAGAAACGGAAGAAAUCUACUAUCGAGAGCGGACGACAUCAAUGGCUCAGGUCGAUAAGGCAUGA